AAAUUCUGUAAAAAGUUUGGAAAAUUCAUUUUUUUUUUGUUUUCGUAAAAAUAUUUAGUGUUCACCGUGUGCAAAUAGAAGUUAUCCAACAUGAGCAACAAGGCUCCCGAACCACAGGCCUUCGAGCGGGAUGAGGCUUGCCCCGUUAGCCCCGUGCCCAGCGCUGAAGAGCAACGUCCAGUCGAUACGUUGAACGUCGAUCUUCCAUGCACUACCCACGCUGUCGGGCCGGUGCCGGCUGAGAACGCUUCGUUCGUUGAGUCCGACAAUCACGACGCAUAUCAACAAUGUCGUCGCGAUUCGAGCACAAAUCCCGAACCUACGUACUCGCUGAACAAUAUGGCCCCGGAGCCCGAUCUGAAGGAACCGAUGGGAGUCUGCGGCGACUACGUGGAGCAGUCAACACCGCCGUGUGUCAAGCUCGACAACAAGGAUAUCUUUUAUUCGCGCAAUCCGAUUACCGGCUCUGGUCUGAAUGGCGAUGGCGUAGGUGGUCUAAAGCCCAGGAAGAUCAAGAACCGAGAGGGCAAUCCAGUCACCGGUGAGGGCUACAAGCCGGGCGCUACUGACUUUAUACAACCACAUAGCCAGCCGAUGCAAUCCAAUUCGAAUAGUCGAGUCCCACCCGGCGGUUAUUCGUCGGGCCUCUGGUAAACUCCAUAUUCAGAGCAAUGACCAGCCCUGCAUCUCUGCGAAGGACA